AAAAAAUAAUCUAGGCCGAGCCCAAUUCAUCCUUUUACAACAGCUUUCCUCUAUGGAUUUGACUCCAAUUCAAACCCCUGAGGGAGUUCCUCGCCUUUUUGACCUUAUUAAACCAAAAGAGAAAAAGUUUGCACCAGCGUUCUAUAAGGCUUUACAAAAUACUCUUGUUGCAGAAAAUUUACAACAGGCCAGUAGGAUUGCAUACGGUAAACAGCGAUGGCGUGUGGUAACGUUAGAUGGGCAACUUAUUGACAAAUCUGGAACAAUGUCCGGAGGUGGUACCAAAGUAAAUCGCGGGGGAAUGAGUUCAAAAUUUGUUCCUGACGUAACACCAGAAAUAGUUUCGAAUUUGGAAAAAGAACGAAUUCGUUUAGAGAACCAAUGGAGGGAAUUUAAAGAGCAACGUAAAAAUUCGGAAGAUCAACUUUUCCAUAAAAAGAAUGAAAUACCCGAAUUAGAACUGAAUUUGUCAAAGCUAGAUAUGGAUCUAAAUGCUUGCAUUAGGCGUAUAGCCGAUACUCAGAAGCGAAUUAACGAGUUACGCCAACAAAACAAGCCAAAUGUGGAAGAUGGAAAACGAAUGCAGAAAAUUUCGAUGGAAAUCGAAAAAUUGACUACAGAGUUAGAAGAUUUGAAAGGUCAAUCAUCGAAAAUUGAAGAUGAGAUCAAGAUGCUGCACGAACAAAUUUUACAGGCUGGUGGAGACAAGUUUCGGAGUCAAAAAUACCAGGUCGAUUCAAUAAAGGAAAAGAUAGUAAUGAUUAAUGAUAGAAUAACUUCUUCCCAAGUAGCGAAAUCUAAGGCCGAGAAGGAUGUAUCUAAAUUUGAAACUUCAAUUGCUAAGAAUGAAAAUGAAAUGGAACAAUUGAAACAAGAGUUAGAACAGCUUGAAAUUGAUAUUCGACAAAAGGCCGAAAUUGCACGUUCGAUCAGUGAUCGAGCUAAUGAAGCGAAAAGGGUCUUGGACGAUAGGAAGGAAGAAUUAGAUGAAAUUAAAACAGAACUUGAUGAGAAAACAGAAAUAAUCAAUCAAAUUAGAGCUGUCGAAGUAGAAAUAAGAAACAAGCUCGAAGAUUGUGAACGAACCUUGGCAGAAAAUAAGCAAAAGGAAAAUUAUUGGCUUGGUUUACUUGGAAAACUUACACUUCACGAAAUUGGAGAUGAACCGAGGCCCGAAUUUCAAACAUAUACAGAUGACGAGCUUUUAGCAAUGGAUAAAGAAAAUUUAAAAAAUGAAAUAGAGUCGCUCAAUGCGAAGAUACAGGAUGCUAAUCCCAACCUCAACGUCUUACUGGAAUAUCGUCGAUGUGAGGAAGAAUAUACAUCACGCGUAAAAGAUCUUGAAGAAGUAACGUCGAUUCGUGAUGAAUGUAGAAGGCAGUAUGACGAAUUGCGUAAAUUAAGGUUGGAAGAAUUCAUGCAUGGGUUUACUUUAAUUUCUCAGAAACUCAAAGAAAUGUAUCAGAUGAUUACACUUGGUGGGAACGCAGAGCUUGAAUGUUGUGAUAGCCUGGACCCAUUUUCUGAGGGUAUCAUAUUCAGUGUAAUGCCUCCAAAGAAGAGUUGGAAAAAUAUUUCUAAUUUAUCUGGUGGAGAAAAGACAUUAAGUUCUUUGGCUUUGGUAUUUGCGCUUCAUCAUUACAAGCCCACACCGUUGUACGUGAUGGAUGAGAUUGACGCCGCCUUGGAUUUUAGAAAUGUGUCAAUCGUCGCAAACUAUAUAAAAGAGCGUACAAAAAAUGCCCAAUUUAUUAUUAUUAGCCUACGAAAUAAUAUGUUUGAGUUGGCCGAUCGAUUAGUUGAUACGAUUCUUAUGCUGACCACGGAUGAAGAUAUCUUAAAAACAUGUGAAAUAGUUGAAGAUAAUGAUAUUAAUUAUGAUGAAGAAACGACUAUGUCAAUCACGAUUGAUAAUGAUAAAAAAGAUAUAUUAGUUCCCUCCUUUAAACUUUGGGAUGAGGAUGUUGGUAGCGGUUUACGCAGUAAAGCACAAGAGGUUGAUACAACUGAUGCAGUAUAUGAAAAACGACAUCGAAAGCAUGAACUUGCAGAAAAAAAGUUAAAGAAUAGGGAAAGAGAAAAAUUAGAAUAUGAACGAUAUCAACAACAAUUGGCAGUAGAGAAAUUACGCAACACGGAUUCUAAAAGUUUAAUAUCAAUAGCAGCUUUACGUAAUAAAGAUUCGACGAGUGAUGCAAGUAAAUUAGAGACAGUACAUAAAAAAUUACUUAAAGAAGCAGAGGAUCAAUUAGCAAGAUAUGAUUCUUUAGGAUUAGGAGGAAAAAAGAGGAAAGCAGAUGCAAUAAUCAACAACAACAGUAAUAUAGGAGGAGAAAAUAAAGUUCCUGAAGAACCUGAUAACAAGAAAGCACGAUUUCGUGUACAGAGACGUACCAGUAAUGCAGAUCCAGAAGAAGUUUUAACACAAUCAUCAAAAGAUGAAACAACACGAAUUACUCGAAGUCGUAAAAAGAAGGAUGAAAAACAAGAUGAUGAAAUUAAAAUCAUUAACACUAAAUCAACAGAAACUAGUACACGUUCAGCACUUGCAUUUGGAUAUAAAGUUCCUGUCAAACCCUUUGUGAAAAGAGAUUUCAGUCUUCCGGUUUCUAUAUUUGGAGAAAUGAUGAAUGAAAGAGAAAAUUUACGAUUACAAGAAUAUCAGCAACAAAUGGACGCAGGAGAGGAAUUUAAAAAACUUUAA